AGUACGAAGUGUUUUUCCCCAUAGUUUGUCUUUAUAACUCAUUUUAAAUGUGGUGCAAAGUGCAGUAGGCCCGUGAAUUGCAUUUGCUAGUUGUAAUGAAGUUAGGUAGUGUAAUUAACUGAGAAAUUGGAGCAAAGAAAGGACAAGUGUAAAGGAUGAAUGUUGACCUUGAGCACAUCUCAAGAGGCACGCAAGGGAAAGAUCCUCUUGGCGGUGACGCAAAAUUUACAUACAACACAGAGAAGGAAUAGAGGCGUCUCACUGGCCUUGCCCCCAACAGCUGCACUACCUACUAAUCUUUUUACUCUUUUCUUUUCUUUCUAUAUAAUCCAAAAUUCAACCGAAGAAGAGGAUUUUGGGCUUCUUCUGAUCUUGCAAAUGCGGCCUUCUAUCUUUAGAUUCUUCCACUCUCAUCUCCGUCACAACUCUUUAACCUCUGCUAGCUUUUCAUCUAGAGCAUCAUUACUAUCUGCAAGCAGCAGGGGUCAAAAUAUAACUACCAGUCAUCUCAAUGGGUCCUCGUCAAAGAUGUAUUCAACUUCAUGUGAGACACUGUCCGAAGAUCCAUCCAAAGAUAGAGCUAUUUCUGACAUGUUGAUCGAUUCAUUUGGAAGGAUGCACACAUAUUUGCGAAUAUCAUUGACUGAACGUUGUAAUUUACGGUGCCACUAUUGUAUGCCAGCUGAGGGUGUAGAACUCACUCCUAGUCCUGAACUUCUAUCUCAGGAUGAGAUUGUUCGCUUGGCAAGUUUGUUUGUUAGCUCUGGAGUGAAUAAAAUCCGUUUGACUGGUGGGGAACCAACUAUUAGGAAAGAUAUUGAAGAACUUUGCUUACAACUAUCAAACUUGAAGGGGCUUAAAACCCUGGCGAUGACAACAAAUGGGAUUACUCUGGGAAAAAAACUUCCAAAGCUGAAAGACUCUGGACUUAAUUUGGUGAACAUAAGCUUAGACACAUUGGUUCCAGCAAAAUUUGAGUUUAUGACCAGGCGCAAAGGGCAUGGAAGAGUAAUGGAGUCAAUUGAUGCUGCAAUAAAGCUUGGUUAUAAUCCUGUCAAAGUAAAUUGUGUUGUAAUGCGUGGAUUCAAUGAUGAUGAAAUUUGUGAUUUCGUUGAGUUGACACGCGAAAGGCCAAUCAAUGUCCGGUUUAUUGAGUUUAUGCCGUUUGAUGGGAAUGUCUGGAAUGUCAAGAAGCUAGUACCUUAUGCUGAAAUGUUGGACAAAGUGGUUGAAAAAUUUACAGGGCUUCAGAGAAUUCAAGAUCAUCCCACAGAGACAGCUAAGAAUUUCAGGAUAGAUGGGCAUCAAGGCUGUGUUUCAUUUAUUACAUCAAUGACUGAGCAUUUCUGUUCUGGUUGUAACAGACUGCGACUUUUAGCUGAUGGAAACUUUAAAGUUUGUCUUUUCGGUCCCUCAGAGGUGAGCUUGAGGGAUCCUAUUCGUCUUGGUGAGGAUGAUGAUAAACUCAGGGAAAUCAUUGGGGCAGCGGUCAAAAGGAAGAAAGCUUCUCAUGCUGGGAUGUUUGAUCUCGCCAAAACUCCAAAUAGACCGAUGAUACAUAUUGGUGGAUAAUGGAUGAAAUAUCUUGGGUUUUGAUGGUCAUAGUUGAAUUGUACAAUGACGUACGGGGCAUCAAAUGCACCAGGAAAAAAAGAGAGAGGACAAGGAAAAAGAGAAGAGGAAGGUGACCAAACAUGUGAAAAUGCUAGACUUAAGCAAGUAAACUUAAUUUGGAUUUUCAAAGCUGUAUAUGAGCAUGUUUCGAACACCACCAAAUUAGUAAGGCGUAUGCAGAAAGAACCCGUGUGUCUCUGUAAAUUAUAAUGCGUAUCUUGUAUGCUAUGCUGAAAUAAGAAAUAUAUACCUGUUUCAUAACAUGUACCAUUUCUGAACAGGCUGUUGUUAUUUAAUCCUUUUGAAAUA